AUGAACCCAGCGGCACCUGAGUUCAUCCCGAGCCAGGUGUCCAUCCCGCCUGCCUGGCACCCUCAACAGCCGUGCUUUCAAUGGCGUAACGCCUCGCUUCGGGAGCUCCGGCGCCUCGAAGAGGACUCGGCCAAGCGCCUGCAACGCUGCUGGCGGCGAUGGUGUGUGAAGAAGGGGGUGAUGAUGGGCGCGCAGAUGGGCGCGACAGCCCAAAAGACCCUCCUGAGCCUUGAGGUGACCACGCCAAAGGCGGUUGAAGAGCCAUCUCUCAAGGCUGCCAAGGAACGGAGACGACGCCCAGCUCACCGCCAUGAGUCCUGGCAGGCAUGGAUGACAUGGGACGAUUCUUGGUGGGGAGAGAGGCACUCUAGCUGGAACUCAAACUGGCCAGGCCCUUGGGAAGCUUCGACAUCAAAACCGCGGAGAGAAGUCCAUUGGGUUCCCAAGAAUCGCAAUCGUUCGGGCAAAGGUCACUCGCGGGUUGAUACGACUGACCCAGAGGACUGCUCACACCGGAGUGCUUGGUCUCGGCGGGUCGAGGCAUCUUCAACCCUUCGAGGUCGAAGCCAGCCGCCACGAGGACAUACCCGCAAUCGAAAUCAGGACUGGAGUGAUGCACAGGCGUUCCCCCGAGCGACAUGGCGGAAGAAGUCGGCACCCCCCAUUGGCUCUGGAGACUCUUCCAGGGCCAUGCCUUCAGCACAGCAGUUGCAGGUGUUCUUCGAAGGCACGGCCAACACCAUCGAGCCCUUGACCACACAAAUUGGUUUGUUCUUUAUGCUCACAGAUGCCUUCGAUGUGAGUGGUGGAAGUUUGGGCGGAGCACCCUUGGAGCAACCAAGGAAGAUGGCCUUCGAUGGAUGUGGGGUCACUGAUGGCUUUUGUGGGACCAUUUGUGCAAAAGGCUUGCGCCGCCAGUGCCGCAUGGUGCGUCGACAGGUGGACAGCCUUUUGGCGGAACUCAAAAACAACACUGCAGAGCAAUCCAAACUCCGAGUGAAUGCUGUUGGCCUCUCCCGUGGAGGGAUCGCAUGCUCAUAUCUUGCACAGGAAAUGGCUGAUAUUCCAGCAUCGAGCUGUGAGCUUUCAUUGCUUUUGUUCGACCCUGUUCCUGGUGACUUGCUAACUGUGGCCCAGCUCGACUUCUUUCGACUUACAAACACCUCGGCAUCCGGCGACAUGUCCAACUGCGCAUGCCUCAGCAGGGUGCUGGCACUGUACCCCUAUGAACCGUUGCCUGCGAUACUUUGUCAUGCUCCCAUUUUGUGUCGAUACCCUCCGCACUGCAUGGUGGAGGAAGAAGUCACUCUGGGUUGCCAUCAAGGAGCCCUACAAAUACACGAUUUGCGAGGACCAGUGAUCGACUUGGCCUCUGCCAUGUGUUUCUUGCGCAUCAGACGUUGGCUCAUGGAGUGUGGGACGCCCUUGGACCACAACCACGUGGAUUGCACGGUCAAGGUGAAGGACUUGGAGGCCUUUUGCCUGCGAAAAUGCAAUGCUGAAGUGAAGCGGUUGUCUCCUUCCAGCCGCUGCUCUCAUACCGCGCUGAGCUGCUGGGGAGCCACCAUUGUGCGGCACAAGCCUGAUCGAGGUGUCCAAUUCUUGAACGAGCAACAUCGGCUCCUGGCCAGUGCGGGCAGCGACGAGAAGUGGCUCUUGGAAAUCCGGACGGACAAAGCUCCAUUUCCAUCUGGACUUCUUUGCCUGUUGGCGCUUGUGGCAGUUCUGGUGAUUUGGCCACUACUGUUUCAGAGCUGA